GGAAGGGAUGGCUCGAUCGAGAGGUGGCCAAGUAUUCUUUCCGUCGUUCUCAUCUUCUGUACAUUCCUAGAUCCCAAUCCUUCUGUAUACGUGACUCUAAAGACCAAAAACAUCUUUAACGGUCUUCCACUGGUGGCCUGCCCACAACGCGUUUCCGCUCUUCGAGGCCACUUCGUCAGAUACACCUUUGACGCCCCGGCCAGUGGUCGCCAGACCCUGGUCAGCGACGCUCAUCAAGAACACCUUCAGGUCCGCCAUCUCUCCUUCCAGCGUUUCCACCGUUUCAACUUCCGCACCAAACAGUGCCCCGAGGGAUCGAUAGCCAGCAAUCCGGUCGCCUUCGAUGCGCACGAUCUGGUUCUCGAGAACAGAACGAGGCUGGUGCGUGAGGACAUGUGCAACGAAGCCUUCGACAUCUCCGAUCGACGUGGCAGAAACAGUGCCCUCCGAUUUACCGACCACGUACAGCUUCUUCGCCUCGGCG